ACCGACACUUCCACGGUGCUCGGUAAUUCGACUGCACUAGAAGCCGCGGCACAGUCAACGUUCGUCUAGCAUCUAGUGUACAACGUGAUCGAGAGAGACGAUCCUACGUGGUCUCUUUGGUCGUUGGUGAAUCGCGAUUUUUCCGUUCUUGCGGAUCCACCGAAUCUCCGAGAAACAAUAUCGGUCACCGGAACAGCUUAUCCGCCCUUAUUCACUUGUAUCGUGCACAGUUCUUACAAGUUGCUCAGUCGCGUAUUAUAAGUCUAUCAGAUCGCUGCAUUUUUAAGAUAUUCUACAUUUACUACAUUUACUGUCGGAACCACGGUGAUCGACAGUGCUUCGUCUAACGUUUAUCUCGCUCGACGACAUCUCGCAGGAUGAACCUCAAGGAAGGCGCGCAUGUGAUUUACGAUACACUAUUGUUCAUCGGGAUGGCGGUGAUUUAUCUCAUGGAGGCGUUGCUGUUCAAGCUGAUUCCUCGCCGGUAUCGCGCUAAAUCGAUCGCCGGCGAGGUUGCUCUCGUCACGGGCGGCGCAGGAGGAAUCGGCCGGUUGAUCGCGAUCAAACUCGCGAAUCUCGGCGCGCACGUGGUCAUUUGGGACAUCGACAAACAGGGUCUCUUGGAAGUCGCCGAGAAAAUCAGAGAGGCCGGUGGAACGUGUCACACGUAUAGCUGCGAUAUCGCCGAUAAAAAGGAGGUGUAUCGCACCGCGAAAGCGACGAAGAUCGAAGUCGGAAGUGUGAGUCUGCUGGUGAAUAAUGCUGGAUACGUGUGCGGCAAGACGCUGGUGGAAUUGCCCGAUCACGAGAUCGAGCGCACUUUUAGCGUGAACAUUUUGUCGCAUUACUGGAUUACAAAGUCGUUUCUGAGAAACAUGAUGAAGAAUAAUCACGGUCACAUCGUGACGAUAGCAAGCGCCGCUGGCCUCGUGGGAAAUUACAAUUGCACGGAUUACUCCGCGACGAAAUUCGCCGCCGUUGGAUACCACGAGAGCCUCUUCGCCGAGUUGAAAGUACACGGCUACGAUAAUAUUCGAAUGACAUUGGUUUGUCCUUAUCUCAUUAAUACGGGAAUGUUCGACGGAGUAAAAAGCAGGUUAUUGCCGACCCUUGAACCAGAAUACGUUGCGGAAGAAGUGGUUGCUGGUGUAUUAACAAACGAAAUGCUGAUAGUGUUACCUAACAUCAUGAUGUAUUUCUUGCUAUUUAAAUGGCUAGUGCCACCGAAAAUGUGCUGGGCGAUUAUAUAUCACGUCUUCAAAGAGCCACAAGCUAUGAUGAUGUUCAAAGGUCGUGAAUCAAGGAAGAUGAAUAUUGCUGAUAAUAGUACAACUAAUAAUAAGGAUAUAUGUACGCAAUAAAGUUAUAUGAAGCACAAA